CAGCUGUCUAGAUGCGGGCUAGCUAACCGGUUAGCUGUCUGAGGUACAUUUGCCUCUUUAUUCGGGGAAAAAAUAACUAACAUCCCUUCCAACCCCGUUAACACCGGCUCAACUGGAAGUCACCAUGCCGGUUCACUCCCGGGAGAAGAAAGAAAGUAACCACGAAGAAAUGGAGGUGGAUUUUCCCGAGCAAGACGGCAGUAGCACAGACGAGGAGGACACAGUUAGCUCGUCCGUGUCUGAAGAUGGAGACAGCUCGGAGAUGGAUGAUGAGGACUGUGAGAGGAGGAGGAUGGAGUGCCUGGAUGAGAUGACAACCCUGGAGAAACAGUUCACUGACUUAAAGGAGCAAUUGUACAAGGAGCGUCUGAGCCAGGUGGACAUCAAGCUGCAGGAAGUAAUGGCUGGCUGUGCCCAGGAGUACCUGGAACCUUUAGCCAAUUUGCAGGAGAACAUGCAGAUCAGGACCAAAGUUGCAGGGAUCUACAGGGAGCUGUGCUUGGAGUCAGUGAAGAACAAGUACGAAUGUGAGAUCCAGGCUGCCUGCCAACACUGGGAGAGUGAGAAGUUGCUGCUGUUUGACACUGUGCAGAGUGAACUGGAGGAGAAGAUAAGAAGGUUGGAGGAAGACAGACACAGUAUUGACAUUACCUCAGAGUUGUGGAAUGAUGGAUUGCACUCACGGAAAAACAAGAAAAAAGACCCAUUCUGCCCCGUCAAGAAGAAGAAGCCCGUUGUUGUUUCUGGGCCCUAUAUAGUUUACAUGCUGCAGGAUCUUGAUAUUCUCGAAGACUGGACCGCAAUAAGAAAGGCGAUGGCGUCACUGGGGCCACACAGGGUGAAGGUGGACGUCCCUGCAGUCAAGCCUGACAGACAUCACCAUGUGGCGCGCUUCGAGGACGGACGACUUUUCUAUGACAACCAGUGGUACUGCAGGGGACAGGCCAUCUGUAUCAACAGGAAGGAGGAGUACCCGACUAGUGCCAUCAUCACCACCAUCAACAACGACGAGGUGUGGUUCAAGCGACUGGACGGCACCAAGUCAAAGCUGUACAUCUCCCAGCUCCAGAAAGGCAAAUACACUAUUAAGCACUCGUAAAAACACACUUUAACACACAUACUGACCGACAGAUCAUCAUCUCUGCUGUGUUUCUAUUUGUCUCCUUUCUGUCUGGUAUCUUUCUACAUUCUUGCCAUAUGUACAGUGUCACACACACGCACACGCACACACACACACACACACACACACACACACACACACACACACACACAUUUCAGUUCCUCUGUAUAAGUAACAAAAAACAAAUAUCAACUGACCCUUCUAGUAUAAGGAGACGAUCUUCUCUGUAAAUAUGUAUGUAUGUGGAUAUUAUUGACAAGGUCACAAAGUGUCAUUUUCUCUGGAAUGGAGAUCAAAGCAAAGUGCUGCUAAAAGAAAAAAAAAAAAGGGCAAGGAACUGGAGCAGUAGCGAACUUUGAACUGCAGAGCUCAGUCGCGUGCCUUUCUGAGACAAGACGAUGCUGUCCUGAACUACCAAUAUCAAUGCAGUGAAGCCUUACUGAGGACUGAAGCGGGUCAGUGACCGAGUGAGUGAGAAUCCCUGAUCCAGGUGAAGAUGCCGUCAGCAGUGUGUUUGAUUUGCCUCUCUGGAUGCAUCGGUUAGACUUGAAUUUCAUGCUCCAUUGAGCCUAACAAAUCUGUAUCGGGAUCCCCAGGGACCCCAGUUUGAGGAAAUGUCUAAUUUAGUUUUAAAAAAAUUGCACAAGUGUCCAUAUGAAGAAUGAUUUAAUCAAUUUUGAGUAAAUGAUUAUAUUGUGAAGAUAAUGAGGUAAAAUUAUUCUUCAAGAACACCCUGGGGUAUUGUUGAUACCCACUUGGGAAGCCACUGUAUUAAAUGAUCUUUUGAUGUUUUCGUGUAAUUUUACAGCACUAUAUUUUAAAGAGGAAUUUCUGUAUUUUUCAACCUGGACCCUACUAUCCUAGGUUUUUAUGUCUAAGAGAAUAAUGGAGAUAUCAUUUUUUUCAAAUCAGUCCAGUAUUGAUGGAGAGAGCUGCAGCAAGCAGUCAUGAAACAACUAAUAAUGUAAUCGGACGGGGAAACUGUGCAUCAUCAGUCUGCAUCCAUCGAGGCUCAGAUCGGUAUUAUAAGUGUCUGACAACAUUAUGGAAAUCUCCCGUCUUGUUUUUGGAAGACAACAGUGGAGAUGGAGAGAGGAAUGCCUGUGAAUGUUUGUUGUGGUGGAGCACAGAAAGCACAUCUUAGUUUUAUUGAAAAGAUUUUUAUUGAAAUGAAUCUUUGUGUUUGUGCAUCACAGCAGCAAAAUGACAAGCAACACUUCAAUCCUAGACUCCCUUUGUUGGAUACGGACAGGCUGAAGUUGAAGUUGUGGCUACAUUUAGCUGUGCUACCAACACAUACACUGUGCUUUGUAGACUUUGGAUCUGCUGCGACCAUUUUUCACAAGGAUGACUCCUGCCAGCCAAGGAGGAGAAGAAAUCAUUUUAAAUAUCGAGUUCACUACACUCGACAAAAACAAGCCCAUGUUUAGUGGACGUACGUUGGCGGCCCAGAGUCGCUCUGUCUGAUUACUUUAUAGCUUGUUUUACCGCUGCAGACUACAGAGCUCGCUCUCAAUACUGGACCAAUUUAAGAAAUGGUUAUGCCCAGUAUUCACUUGGACACAAACAAAUGGGAAAACAGGAUCCAGGUUGAAAAAUAUCAAAAUCCCCAUUUCAGUUCAAACCAAGGCCAGCCCACAGACUGUGAAUAAGGAUGGAACAAGCAUCUCCGCUUCCUCCCACUGUACAGAAAUGAAGCCAAAAUAUCCUGGAUACGGGUGCCGCAAUCUUAGGCUGCUAACAUCAUUUGAAGCCAGAGCAUGCUCAGUAGUAAUUGGGCAGUGAAGCAGCACUAUCAAGGUCCAGCAGGAAUGUGUCCUUGUUAGCAUUUUUGCACUUCCGGUUCACUCGUCUCAUAAAGCAGGUUUUUUAAUGGGUUUGUGGUUAGCUGCGCGAAAUAAGGUUUGAGAUUAACGCAAGCUAAAAGGGAUGGUUUGGAGUUUUCAGUUGGGGUUGUAUGAGAUACUUACCCACAGUCAAUGUAUACCUGCAGUAGAUGAUGUUCUGCACGUUGCCAGUUUGGAGAACCAGAUGUGUUUAAGACAGGUAACAAACGGUUGUAAUUUAUCCACCUAAAGAAAGGCCCAUCUUAAAAAUGUUAUAACCGUUAAUGUGUACUAUGUAUUUACAAUAUGUCCACGAUUUUUCUUGCUCCCCGCAGCCAUUUCAUUGGGCACUACUUUUUCUCAACCGUAGAACUUCCAUGUUCCUACGCAUAAGCACAUUUAUAUUCUUUGUGCACUGCCCCAUAUCCGCUGUUUUGGUAAGAAUAUGGUUGAGUUCUAUUGUUGAGAAAAAGUAGCGCCAAAUGAAACGGCUGUGGAUAGCAACAAAAAUCAGUGGAAAUUUUCUAAAUAUACCAUACACAUAAACAAGUAUAUAUAACAUUUUAGGGUGGGCCUUUGUUGAGGUGGUUAAAAUACAUUUUGUUGCAUCUUCUCUGCAGCAAUACAUUCAUUUGUUUCCUGCCUUGAUCGCGCUUCUGGUUCUCCAAACUGGGACCGCGUAGACCAUCAUCUACUGUAGGUAAGCACUUCAUACAACCCCAGUUCACAAAUCCAAACCAUCCCUUAAAGAGAUUUUCACGUUUUGUAAAUUGUGGUAAAUCUCCUUUUUCAAAUCAAGUAAUUAAAACCAAAAUUGUCAGAAAAAUGAACACAUUAACCACCAGUGUGAUAGAAACCUAAAAUUACAGAAAACAUCUUUUUAUUUGACGUGUACCAUGUCCCAUCCCUUAACACUAUCCUGCAGCCAGCCACCACGGGGUGAAUAAGAUGUUUUGGAUGUUUAGUGAUCUGUCAUGUUGUCCAUCGUUGUAUACAGUCUAUGGACCAGCCCCAUGCACGAAGAAAAACAAAAGCCUCAAACUGUAUUUGAAGCAUAUAGUAAUGGGAGGUGCUCUGUAUAUAGAGAUGACUGUGUGUUUCGUCUUCACUCCACUGUGAUUCUUCCCUCUGUCUCUUAUCAUGUUGCCAUGUGUCUGAUAGUGCCUACUGUAGAACUUGACAUUGAAAGCAGGAUCCAGGCCUACGAUGCUCCACUCCACAGGUGUGAACUGCGUCUUUGCCUGUGGUGGUGGUGGGCCCGUAAUGGCCUCAAAUUUGUAAUUCAUAGUGCCAUUUCUUCCAUAUUUUUGUCUUUAUUCAGCCCAUUUGUGUGUGCUGAAAGGAUUUGUUAUCAUAAGUCCUGCAGUGUAAAUGUUAUACUUGAAGAAUCUUAAGUAGUUCCCAUUCUCUGUAUUCUCUUCUUGUCUGUGUUCCUCCCUUUCAAUUGUCACUUUUCUUUCCUUAUUUCCCUGUUGGUAAAGAUGACCCUAAACACUGAUGAAUUAAAGGGCCAGUAUGUAGGGUUUAGGGGGACACCGGUCAUUUCACAAGGGUUGUUGCUCUAAAAAAAUGAGCUGCUGAUAUACAGACAUCUCUUUCACAGUGUAAGUCUAUGGGAAAAGUAUUAUUGUGCCCCAUUGGAGCACACAGGGACCCUUAAAUUUUAAUUCCAGGGAUUGUCCGCUAUGUCAAAUUGGCUUCGGCCUGCUGGUCUUUCUGGGGACUUGCUUCCAUGGAAAAACGAUGCCAUGUUGCACUUCUGUGUUUCUACAGAUGCCCAGAAGAGGCAAACAGCGACCGCAGGUUCUUCUACAUGCUUAGAAAGGGAGGGAUGUUCAGUGUUUGUAUCAUACCUCACCGCUAGAUUCCAUUAAAUCCUGCACACUGGCCCUUUAACAGUAUAAUGAGAAAGGAAGAUAAUGGGAUUUUUGUUUGUGUACAAUCCGUCCAGUCGAACCUUCUGCGUUAGUGUAAAUUAUGCUUGAUUCAAUGAAGGGGAUCUUGCUUUGUGUUGUAUUUACGGUGCUUUAUAUUUUCAGCAUUGCAUACAUAUUUCAAAGUAUUACCUGCCAACAGUAUUAUAAAAAAGAGAGGUGCUUGAAACCUUAUAUCAUCAACAUAAAGUGUCUGUGAAGCCCAAUGUGGCAUCAAUUGAAUAGAACUUUUAAUAGUUUGUUUCUGAUUUGUUUUUACCUUUUUAUGCAUUCUGCUUUCUUUCCACAUUUGAGGUGAAAGGAAAAACAUGUGACAUUGUGCCAAUGCAUGUACAGCUGAUUAAAGAUUUUGUUUGUAUCAUUUGAAAAGA